AUGAAUUAAAAUUAUAUUGACCAAGUCUUUUUCACUAAGGUUUGAAAUUCAAUUUAUUUAAGUAGCAAUUCUAUAGAGCAUUUGGAAAUUAUUUUGGACCUCAUACUUCAACACCUAGUAUAGCAUCAGAAUAUUUAUCAUCAACAAGAACAUAAACAGCCAAUUUGAACAAAUAAAACAGUUUAGCAAAACCAAUUACAUCUCCUUAAAGUGUUAGAAAACCAAUACAUUAAAAUUUUGAACGUGUAAAAACUUAGACUCAACAUAUUUCCAAAUAACAGCCAAUAGUUCAUCAUAUUAAAAGUUUAUCAUCUGACUUAAAGAACUAACCUUAAUAAAAAAGAUUUAUAUAAUAGAAAAUUAUAUCAUACUCAGAAUCAGAAUAACAUCCAUUUUUAAUAAUUUAAAAAAAAGCAAGGGAACUAAGAAAAAUUGAAUCUCGAAAAAGUAUUUUGCCUUCAAUUUAUAAUGAUUCUUAACAUAGUGCUAGAUUACUAGAAACUCCUCCAUUAUUAUAGAUUCCAAUUAUAUAAAUUACAGAGCCAUUAGAGUAGCAUUCAUCUAAAGGUUAGGAAUAUGAAUCAGAUAAAGAUGAUGAUUCUUUAGAUGAAGAAGAUUUUCCUUAAGGAUAAUAAAGAAUGAAGAAGCUCUCUGUUAGACUCAAAUUCAAAAAUGCUGUUUAAUCUUAAGUUUCUACACUUUUUAUAAAUAAACAAGUAUUUUAUUAAAUAUAUUUAAGCCAAAAUCACUCUUUAAUGUCAUAAUCUCACCUGAAUUUACACUUAAGCAUGAAGAAGAACGUCAAAAAAUAAGUGAUGCUUUCGAGGCUGGAAAUUUUAUUUUAUAUAAGGCUAAGUAAUUUCAACAUAAAGAAGUAACCAAUAAGAAAAAAUUAUUUGUAAGCUUAUUAAAUAUGAAACACCCUCAUAAAAUAAAUAAUAUUGUUAAUUCAUAAAUAGCUAAAUUAAAUACAACUAAUAAAGCAUUUCGAAGAAAAAUUAAAAUGAUACUUACUACAACUGAAAACAACAAAGAAAUUGAGUAACCCUAAAAAUUUUCAUUUUUAUCAAAAUAUAAAAAAAGUUAAUUUGGUUAAUAAGGAACUAAUGAACAUAUUGCAUAAGGUAUCAAUUUAAAUAAAGAUUAAUUUAUAAUUACAAUUACUAAUGAUAAAUUAGAAAAUGAAAUAUAAAUUUUUCAAAGACCUAAAUUUUUAAUUCAAAUAGAUUAAGUUAAUGAAGAAUUACAAUUAGCAUUAUCUCCUCCUAAACUUGCUAAAUCUCCUAGUAGAAGAGUCUUAACACAUUCUGGAUCUCUUCAUUAAUCUUAAAAACAUAUAAAUUUAAGGCAUUCAAUCUCAUAAUAAAUAAUUAAAGUAGAAACCUCGAAUAUAUAAAUCGUUCCUAAUAUUGAAGAAAACCAUAAUUUAGAUUUUAAUUAAGAAUUCUCAAAAGUAAAAUAGAUAUAUUAUUUUAUUCAAGUCAAAUUUAUAUGUCAGACUUUACUAUUAAAGUAAAUUGCAUAAAUUGCCCAGGAAAACAACUUUUACUGGAAUGAAUCUACAAGAAAUAGAAGAUUACUUUACUUCUUAGUAGCAAUUAAUUAAAUUAACAAAUAUGUAUAUCUAUUUCUAAAGAUAUUUAGAAAUUUUUAAGUUACAGAAGUACCUGGAUUCGAAUAACUUGGAUAAGUAUUGUAAUAAAACCUAGAAAUUCCAAAAUACAUAAUUUACAAACCAAAAUUAUGCUUAGACAUUAAUUUAGAUCAAACUUAAACAUUUUCUUCUAGUGAAUCAGAUUAGAGUCUAUCUUUAGAUUUACUUUUAGAAGAACCAAUUUAAAGUUUAAUUUUAAAUAAAUUUAGGCCAGGAUCAUAAUAAUAACAAGAAAGUGGAAAUUAAAUGGUUAAUAAAAAAUAAUCACUUAAUAAUUUAGAUAAAGAAAAAGACUAGACCAUAUUUAUAGAAGAUGAUUUUAAGAAUUUGAAAUGUAAUUAUUUAUAAUUAAAUUAUCUAUCAGCUCUUUCAACUGGUUAAUUGACUUUAAUUAAGAAAGCCAGAAAUAAUUUUUUGUAACCACUUGAAUUUAGAUGCAUUUUAAGCACAUUAGAUCAAAACACUAAAAAUUAAUUAUUAACAUUUCCUUAAAAAGCCAAACCAAUAAAUGAGAUGUUAAAUUCCCUCUAUUCUGAUAAUGAUAGUGGAGCAUUUAACUAACUUGAAUAAUAUAAUAAUUAGGAAAUUUUAAAAUUAAGAAUAGUAUUCUAAUUAGAAGUUAGAUACGAAGGAAUCUUAGUUGGAAGAUAUUAAGAUUAUAAAAAGAUUAUUGAUAUAGAACACUAAGAUUUAAUAGAGACUUUAUAAAAUCUACCAGAAAUACCAAAAUUAAAGGAAAUAGAAUAUUAAUCAAAAAGUUAAAAAUCAUAAAUGCAAUAACAAUAACAAUAUUAAAAAUAAUAAUAAAAGUAAUAACCUUAAUAAAUUGUAAAAACAGACUUAUAAAUUAGAUAAAUAGCUUAGAUAAAGAAAAAUCUGCAUAAUAAAACAUAAUUAAAAAAAAAUCAAACAUAAACGAUAAAUGUUUAACCAAAUUUAAGAACAAAAUAAACUAGUAAUUCACCAGAUUAAAAUAACUCAAAAUUAACAAUGUAAUAUUCUAACUAAUUGACUAAUUAAUAAACUUAAAAUAAUAAUAAUAAUAAUAUUAUUACUUAAUCUACUACAUAAUAUUUAACUAAACCAACUAACUAAUCUUAAUAAUCAGUUAAUAUUUCAGGAUCAAAAACAAUCUAAAAAAGUAAAUCAAACGCAGAUUUAAGUGAAACAUCAUCCAUAAAAUCAUCUAAUAGUAGAUUAGAAAUUAGUUCAUAAUAGAUUAUAGAUGUUGAUAACUAAAAGCAUUAGCCAAAAAUCUAAUAAUUUCAAGAAUUACCCAUUGUAAAAAAACUCAAUCAUCAUCAUACUAAAUCAGAAAAUUUAAUAAAUAAGAUCUUUGAACAAAAAGUAUAUAUAUCAUUAUUUAUAAAUAAUCUCUUUAGAUAUAAAGUAUGUAACAACAUGCGUUGAGAAUGAGGAGUCAUGCAGAGGAAUAAACAAAAAGAUAGAAAUAUGAUCAAAAAUACUAAGUAAAAUUUGCAAUAGAGGAUAACAAUUUUUAAGAGGUAAAUUAAAUAUUUAGAAUUUACAUAGUUUAUGGAAAAUUUUAUUUCAUUACCAGAAAUGUAUAUUGAUUAUAGAUUCUAAAAUAAUGAUACAUUCUUAACUUUAGCUACACAAAGUGGAAAUAAGGAAAUUGUAAAAGAGCUAAUAAGGAGAGGAGCAGAUAUUAACAUACAGAAUGUAUUUUUUUACUAAAAAAGGAUGAUGGAAAUACCCCCUUGCAUUUGGCAAUAGCAUAUUCUCAUUAUAUUAUAGCUGACAUGUUAAUGUUUUCAGGAGCCUCUUCUCACAUUUUAAAUAAGUAGGGAAGGAAUGCGUGGAAUGUAAUAUGAUAAAUAUAUGUAUCUACUAAUAAUUUUGUAUAAUAAAUAGUUACUAUUUUUGAUCAAUUUCGUUAUUAAUUGUAAAGUGAGAUUAAUAUUAAAAAUAAUAUUGUUAACUUAAUGAAUAAAGGAGCUGAGAAGAAGAGAACCUCUUCAUUCAAUAAAUAAACAAUAAAUUAGAUAUAUGAUAGAUAUGAUACAUAGUAAAAGCAAUUUUAUUGUCCAAAAUAAAAGAAAGAUGUUAAAAAUCUAAUAAACAAUCUAAAAUUAAAAUCAUCUUAUGAAAGUACUUUAGUGAUGAUUUCAUAAAAUGAUUCUUUGAAGAAUGUAUUAAAUGGUCUUACUAAUAAAUCUCCUAAGAGAUUAAUGAAAAAGUAUAUAAAAAAGACUCCUAGUACAUCUUUACAUACACCAGCUGAUUUUACUAUUAGAAAUACUGAAUAGUAAUCUGAGUUAGCAAAGUAAUAGUAAUCUAUAUUAAAUCAAUAAUCACAAUAAAUAUCUUACCGAUCUUUAUUAUAACACAACAAACGUAAUUAGUGGGUAGAUUUAAUAAAUCAAAAGAGUUCUAAUUAUAUUCAAUAAGAUCAAAUAGCAAUAACAGAAUAUUAGUAUAAAUAUUAUGCUAAAUUAGAGCCUAAUAAGAUAUAUAAAUGACAAAUAAUUGUGAUUGGAAAUAACCAUACACUUACUAUAAGGAAUAAAGACAUCAUAGUGAAAUGUAAAUAAUUGAGAAUUUAGAAUUUGAUAGUUGGAAAGAAUUGAUGAUGACUCGAAUAGUUUUGCGUUAAUAAUAAUGA